AUGCGCUUUUGCAAGUUGCGAAAGAAAACACUGUCCCUGACCAAAAGCUUGGCAGCUGCCACCUGUAGUCAACCUAAGAAAGAGAAGAGAUUGAACGCAAAUGACACCUGCGCCAUUGCAUUUGGAACUUGCCAACGGCGGACAUUUUUGGCAGAACGGUAUGACCGUUCUAAACAAACCAUUCGGAGAGCCUUUGCUUUUACAGGAUUGACGGUGCUUGAGAUCCAGCUCAAGCUCUUGCAGGAUUUGAAGAAUGUUGCUUUAGCAAAACCGCCAGACUUUUCAGCUGCUUCGCUUAGCUGGGAUGAAACAUCGCAGAUUUUGUCACUGGAGUCUAUGGACACAAAGGGUGGCCCAGGGCGACUAUAUUCCCACGAGUUAGUGCAGUACCUGAUAGAUAACUUGCGCCACAACUCUCGCGAGAUGAGCGCAAACCGUGGAGGACAGUUGGGAUGGCAGCGCGCAGCAAAAGAGAUCAAGCAUUGCUUCCAGAAAGUCCUGAACGGACCAUAUUGGGACCGCUCUCGGGUUGUGCAUUGCUGCAUUGGGGGGUGCUGCAGUACCCGGGAAGAAGCUGAAUCCAAGGUGGCCUCUGCCAUCUUGCGGGUGAUCAUGCGAUGUGUUCCAGUCACGCCUUCACUUGCCGAUUGGGUAAGACUUGGGCCGAAUCUGGACUUCUUUUUGUGUGCAGAGUUCCAGGGGAUUCUGACAGCGCUGCUCCUGAAUGCUGAAUGGGCUAUGAACCUUCCACAACAAGACCUUACUGGGGAAGUUGUUUUUGUAGAGUGGAGGAAGCUAGCAGGGAGCCGGUUUCACAGAACCCGACAUGUCUUGGUCAACGCUGCAGAAAGAUUUCAACGGGUUUUGCUGGCAAUCGUCAUGGAGCCCUUGCGCCAUUUACACUCUGCUUUCUUGAGGCAUGCACAUACAGCUCCGGACGACCAGGCCUGGCCUCUACUUUUGGCAGAAAUGUGGGGGCCCUCAAGCAAGUUCAUGAUUGUACUUCAAUACCUCAGUGCACUGCUAGCUGGAGACGGUAGCAGAUUGCGACUCAUGUGGCAGUGGGACGGGUGCACUUCGAUGUCACACUGGCUUGCUGAACAUCCAGACCAGGGCCGGCAGGCCAGGAACCUCAUCUUACUUGUGGCUGGAAGUGUCCACAGAAGAUUUGCUACCACACUUUACCGGUUCCCGUUUAAGCUCUUUUCUGUGGCAGACGCCAGGAGGUGCGACCAUGAAAGUGUGAUCAAUGAGUUCUAUAGCAAACCAUUUUGUUGCCUUCAGCCUGGGUGUGCUCGAGAGAUCAGAAAGACGAUACCACGAGAAGAAUUCGUGGAGCGUUUGCCACAUUUUAGGUGGUUUUCUUUGCUGAUGACUUUUAUCACAAAGGCCACAGUCGCAGGCGUUGAAAGGCGCCACGCCACGCACAAACAACAAGCCAAUCGUGGUAUGCCAUUUCAUAUGUUUGCUGCUGGAUCGAUUGUGUCUGAGUGUAAACAACAAGCAUCAGCUGUGGAUCGCAUGAAGCAGGAGCGCUGGGAAGCCCAACAAUCAGAGAGACUUGAAGAAGGUCUCGAAGCUGACAGUGCUGGUCAAAGCAAGGCCACAGCACGUCGUUCAUGGAGACGGGACAAAAAAGAAGACCGAUUGAUUCGAGCAUCCUCAGCCUUGGAUAUAUUCAAAGUCGAAUGGCACCGCAGAGAGAAGGCCCUUGGAAGGAAUUGGAAUUCAGCGUCAGCAGAAUGUUGGGCAGCCUGCAAAGCUGCUUUCACAGAGUUGCCUCAGAAUCAGAGGGAUGUUUUCUGUGCCCGAGCAAAUGCAAGCAAAAUUCAAGCUGCCGUGAACAGAAAAAUAAUCGCAAACAGGGGCAGCCCUGAUGCAGACUUGGAAGGUGGUCCUGAUACAAAUCUGCAUUUGCCAGAGGCGGACUCUUUGGCCAUCAUGAUCCAGAACGACACCAUGCCUAGCACAGUUGUGCGACAGCGCAAACCGCCGAUGCCCAAGCACCUUGCGGUCCAAAGCUUAUUGGCUCCAUUUCUGCAGCAAGCUCAGGAUGGCAACGAUGGCAUUGCAAAGCAACGGUAUCCCAUAGAUCCUGCAGAGCUGCGUGCCAGAUCCAAGGCACAAGGUGGCAUGCGGAAAGCAAUCGAAACGUUUGAGAAGCAGGCAACCACUAUUGCCGGUGGCGAAGCUGUGCCCGACAAAGUUGUGUACCCUGGUUGGUGCGGAGCUUUGUGCCGGAUGCAAAACACCCAAAGGACGGUGAAGCUGCGCACAAAUGUUGUUGAUGCCCUUCAGCGCAUUGUUCGAGAUUCCGGGUUGAAACCUGGCUGGUUCUCUCAAGCGUCCAUUGUUUUGGCAGCAGAGCAGUACCAAAGCCUCGAUGAUCCGACCCCCUGCAAUGUUACCUUCUAUGCACUCAUCCAUGCGCUUGCCUGCAUCUCUGAAGAUGAGUUCGCUGCGGCCAUGUGUUUUGAAGGAGAUUUGCCCACCGAGAAGGUAUGUCUCACAUUGUUGACUUGGAAGUUCCCUGCUCAUGGGGAGCCACGCCUUGACACCUAUGAAGUGAUUGGGGUGGGGGGGAAGUACGAGGCAGUCUGUUACAAUACACGCGCCGGUGGCCGUGAAGGCCAUAGAGAUGAUCCUGUUGAAUACGAUGGAAUUUUGAUGCUGGAAGACAUCAGUAUACGUUCGACCAAACGACGCCGUUCCGACACUGAUCCUUCUGUUUUCUUGGAAGAAGAGCGGGAUUUCAUUGAAGAACUCAUCAAAGAGCUUGAAGGCCAAGACAUGUUAGCUCAGCCUUUGGACCAUGAGACAUCAGAUGCCGAGCAAGAAGCAGGCGCGGAAGAACAUGCCAAUGCAGCUGCCGAUGUGGCCAACCCCAACGCUUCUGGACCACAGGAUCCGGAAAACACUGGCCAAGAUGUCCCGAAUGCAGCGGAAGAUGGAGCAAGAGAUCAACCUGUGCAGCCUGCGCAGCCAGAACAGCAUGACGAAAUUGUGAUUUAUGACAAAGGUGGCUGGGACUUUGCAGCUCGCGGCACGGAUGUCAGUGUUGGGCGUUUACACCAUUUGGGAGCUUCCUCUCUCAAAGCUACAUGCAGAAUCCACCGUGCAUGUACUUGUGCUGUUUCCCUGCCCGAGAUGGGGACAACAAGGCACACCCAGGUGACGCAACGGCUGGGCCGUGAGCCAACCUUUCAGGACAUUGAGGCGGAUCUUAAGGGAUGGCUUGCUGAGGGCUUGAGGCGUAGCAGUGACCAGCUGAGAAAACUUUCACUUUGGCAAAGGCCAAGGAACGCCGGAGUGCUGGUGAAGCGGGAACAGCAUCAUCCGGAAGUCCAGGUAAAACGUGAACGAACAGAAGCGGUCGUGCGCAAGGCUACCCGACCAGUUGCACCAUCUCCCAGAAGCAGUGCCGACUCGGGCUCAACGACUUCAACGCAAAGGGCUUCAAGGGCCUUGCAAGGUGUGGAGAGCGCUGACCAAGAGGGCAAUGACAAUGCCGAUGCCACUGGGCCAGAAACUGCAAAUGCUGCUGAGCAAGAUUUUGCAGAGGGUCCUGAUCUGAAUCGGGUUGACGCCUACAAGCCUGUCAGUGCGGGCACCAGUCCACAGGGCUAUAGCAAGCCAUCAACAUCUUUUGUUGAGAACGGAAUGUCUCAACUAGAGGACUUCAUUUGCGAAGCCAUUGGUCGACUUGAUGAUGCGACCAAAGCUGACAUGCACUUGGCAGCCCAACGUUGUUUCCAGAUUGGUACAGCUUGCAGUGGCACUGAUGUCGCAGCUCUUGUCGUCAAGGGGUUUGCAAGAGCCUGGAGCAAAAUCUCUGGGAAACAUGUGGACUUCAAUCACUUGUUCAGCUGCGAGCUAGAUGACAAAAAGAGGGACUUUAUCCACAAAAUGUUCACUGGCACAAGUGAUGCCUGCGAUGUGCAGCUGCUUCUGCGGAACUCAGCAGAUCUGAUUUGUACUGACCCAAAUGGCUACUAUGAUUGCUUGUCGGGCCAAAGCAUCCGUGAUGGCAUUCCUGUUUGCAGCGAUUUGAUGGUGGGAUUUCCAUGCCAAGAUGUUAGCAGAUUGAACCCAUCGGCCGAGAGUGCACGAUGGGUCAUCCGGGACAGUGGCCGGAGAACCGGCAAGGUCUUCAGUGAUGUCAUGGAGUACUGCAAGCGCGUUCUUCAAGAUUCUGAAGCAAAGCAAGUGUUCCGAGGAUUGCUAUUGGAAAAUGUUCUUGGGCUGUUGAGCCCGCCCAAGGGGACAAACCCAGAGACUGGGGAGUCAUGGCAUUCCAACCUUGACUACUGCGAACGGGCUGCCACAGGAGCUGGUCUGAUCCUAAUACCGUGCAUUCUGGACCCAAAGAUGUUUGGCAUCCCCGUGUCUCGGCAGCGAGUCUGGAUGGUAUGCAUUCCUACAUGGAUGGCAACGGCGGCCAACAUGAGUAAGGAGGAUGUGGUCCUGAUGGCUCAUCGCUUGCUUGACAGGCUUUGUGAUGAUCCUACAAUUCCAUGCAGGAGUCUCAAUGACUUCCUUCUACCUGCCAGUCAUGAACUGGUGAGGUCGCAGAAUAUCCUUGCCGAACAAAGCCGGAAAAAAAUAUUGGAGCGAGAGGCAAAGUCAAUGGAGUCAAAGCUCAAGGGGGAGGAGAAUGGCAACGCAUCGAGAAAAAAGAGCGGACCACCCAAAUGGGCGGAUCAGCACCGCAAGGCCAUGGAAAAGGAUGGCAGGGAUUGGUGGGAACCUUCCCAUCCUGGAGAUGCAGUUCUCCAAAACCAUCCUGGACUUUAUGCCCUGACAGAGCGGCAGUUUGAUUAG